CUCCAAAACUAUUUAUUUUUCUUUCUCCAAUAGGCUGCACUUUAUCUCUCUAAAAGCUUCUCAAAAUUAAUUGAAGUGAAAAGAGUUAAAAAUUGCAUCAACCAAUAACCAGUCUCUAUCUCAAGAGCUUGAGUUGGUUGAUUUUAUUUCCUGUUUUGUAAGCUUGGAUCUGAAGAAAACCCCAAAAAGAAAUGCAAUUUUCUUGGUUUCAUUUCUAGGGUUUUUGUCUCUAAAUUUGGUAAAAAUGGGGACUAUCACUCACCACCACUUGUCAUAACCUUUCUUUUAUAUGCUGGUUUAUUCUUUGUGCCCACAAACUAAGAAAGAAAAAAGUUUCAUACAGAUUUAAAAAAACUGCAAAAACUUUUUAAGUUUCUUGAUUUAGCUAAAAAAAUUUAAAGAUUACAGUUAUGGCGAGAGAAAAAAUUCAGAUCAAGAAAAUUGAUAACGCAACAGCAAGACAAGUGACGUUUUCGAAACGAAGAAGAGGACUUUUCAAGAAAGCUGAGGAGCUUUCCGUUCUUUGCGAUGCUGAUGUUGCUCUUAUUGUUUUCUCUUCCACCGGCAAACUCUUUGAAUAUUCCAGCUCCAGCAUGAAGAAAAUACUAGACAGGCAUAAUCUUCACUCCAAAAAUCUAGAGAAGCUAGAACAACCAUCCCUUGAGUUACAGCUGGUGGAGGACAGUAACUUCUCUAGGAUGAGCAAGGAAGUUGCAGAGAAAAGCCAACAACUCAGACAAAUGAGAGGAGAAGACCUUCAAGGAUUAAAUAUCGAAGAAUUGCAGCAGCUAGAGAAGUCUCUUGAGACUGGAUUAAGCCGUGUUAUAGAGAAGAAGGGUGACAAAAUUAUGAAAGAAAUUGGUGAACUUCAAAGAAAGGGAUUGCAAUUAAUGGAAGAGAAUGAACGACUCAGACAACAAGUUGUGGAGAUAUCUAACGGCCGGAAGCAGCCGGCUGCGGCUGCGGAUUCGGAGAAUGUGGAGGAAGGAGGGCAGUCAUCAGAGUCUGUGACUAAUAUCUGCAACUCAAAUGGCCCCCCAAAUGACUAUGAGAGCUCUGAUACAUCCCUCAAGUUGGGGUUACCAUAUUCUGGCUAAACAAGGGAACUCAAAGGAGAAUGGUGUUAUUGUUGUAUAAUUUAUGUAACCACUUUUGUGUACCUUUGGACAUUUGUACCCUUUUGCUAUCUCUAUAUUACAAAAGCUUUUUUGUUA